AUGUCAUUUAAUAACGGCUUUACGAGACGCUCAGGAUCUCGAUCUGCGAUACAGGCAACUAUAGCAAGUGCAAAUGUUCAGUCGGAACAUGGGUAUGGGUACGAUGUAGAUAGUAUUGAGGCAUUCGAUGAUGUCAGAGUACUGAAUAACCCAGAUACGGAAAGUUAUGGCAUUUCAACAAGCGAGGAAUCAAGAAAUGGAGCAGUUGUUUAUGAACUGAGAUCGGAAGAAUUUGCGAUACUCUCUACAGAGAGUUCAUCAUCUUCGGAGAUCAACCAGCCAACAACGGAAAACCUGUUGGUAUGCUCUGUACCAUCGAGCAACUCUCAACGGAUCGACGAGUGGUGUAUGAACAACGAGCUGGACGAUUUUGGAGAGCAUCAAAAACAUGCACUGACUAGUCUGAGGGUCCAAGAUGUGAUACAGUCAUGGGGGGUUGAUCAAGCACCCAACAAAAGUUUCGGGAGAGAUCUUCAAGCUGAGUAUCAGCUCAAAGGAGACCCAUAUGAGAAUUAUGCCAGCAAGAUGUUGCAGGAACUCAACGGCGACCAGCUGUUCAAAGUUAAACAACUUACAAAAGAACUAUUACCACUAUUGAGAAACAGUCGUCGCUCGCAUUCCGUGUUUACACAUAGAUUUCGAAAUAUCCCAUCUGUGUUUUCUCAGCGAGAUUUGAUACUGACGUUUUCUUUGCAGUACAAUGAAUCAGAAAGUUCAAGCACAACUUUUCUAGAUAAGUUUUCAUCAGUGUCUCUGGAUGAUGGUAUCUCCAUCUCUAGUCAGGGAAACAGUUCAUGGUUGGGCUGGACAUUGGUACCAAGAUUCACAGAUAAUGAAUUAUCAUAA